AGGUGAUUCUACCAUUAGUCUACUUUGAUGAUUAUGACACUGAUUAUAUAUUGUGGUUAUAAUACGUAUAAUAAAUCUCUCACAUUUCUAUAGAGCUUUUUUUCUGACAAAAUUCAGUUUUGUCUCCUUUCGUUUCAUGCUCACCAACUCCCGGGAAAGGCUACGAGAGAGGUAAGGCCCAGAGAAGGGAAACAACUCAGCCAAACGAGGGCCAGAGCCAGACUGAGAGUGAUUUUCCCGACUCCCAAAGGAUGGGCCCUGAUGCUUGGCACUAGAAUGGAAGGGGCUCAGGCAAUCCUCUGCCAUCUUCUCUCUCUGCCAUUGUAGAGCAGGCGGCCAUCAGGCCAGGUGGAUGCACUGUCGGGCCACCUCCUUGGUGGCAGUCUCCCCAGACAGGAUGAGUGGCUCUGACCCAGGGCUCGAAGAGGAGCCGGAGCUGAGCAUCACCCUCACGCUGCGCAUGAUCAUGCAUGGAAAGGAGGUGGGCAGCAUCAUUGGAAAGAAAGGAGAGACAGUAAAGAGGAUCCGAGAGCAGAGCAGUGCCCGGAUCACCAUCUCAGAGGGCUCCUGUCCAGAGCGGAUCACCACCAUCACCGGCUCCACGGGUGCUGUCUUCCAUGCUGUGUCCAUGAUUGCCUUCAAACUGGAUGAGGACCUGUGUACAGGCCCCCCAAAUGGUGGCAGCAUCUCUAAGCCCCCAGUUACCCUUCGGCUGGUCAUUCCAGCCAGUCAGUGUGGUUCCCUCAUUGGGAAGGCAGGGACCAAGAUUAAGGAGAUCCGGGAGACUACAGGGGCUCAGGUACAGGUGGCUGGAGACCUGCUUCCCAACUCCACAGAGCGGGCAGUCACUGUUUCUGGUGUCCCCGAUGCCAUCAUCCUCUGUGUGCGCCAGAUCUGUGCAGUGAUUCUGGAGUCCCCUCCCAAAGGAGCUACCAUCCCUUACCACCCCAGCCUCUCCCUGGGCACCGUCCUGCUCUCCGCCAACCAGGGUUUCUCUGUUCAGGGCCAGUAUGGGACAGUGACUCCAGCAGAGGUCAGCAAGCUCCAACAACUGUCAGGCCAUCCCGUACCCUUUGCUUCACCCAGUGUGGUGCCAGGACUGGAUCCCAGUGCCCAGACCAGUUCGCAGGAAUUCCUGGUUCCCAAUGACUUGAUUGGCUGCGUGAUCGGACGUCAGGGCAGCAAGAUCAGUGAGAUCCGGCAAAUGUCGGGGGCGCACAUCAAGAUUGGGAAUCAGGCGGAGGGCUCUGGGGAGCGGCACGUCACCAUUACAGGCUCCCCGGUCUCCAUCGCCCUGGCCCAGUACCUCAUCACUGCCUGUUUAGAGACGGCCAAGUCUACCUCAGGAGGGACGCCAGGCUCAGGUCCUGCAGACCUGUCAGCCCCCUUCUCCCCGCCCUUGGCCCCGUCACCAGCCCUGACCGCCCUGCCGGCGGCCCCCCCGGGCCUUCUGGGCACCCCCUACGCUAUCUCCCUUUCCAACUUCAUCGGCCUCAAGCCCGUGCCCUUCCUGGCUCUGCCCCCGUCCUCCCCAGGGCCACCUCCCAGUGGCCUCACUGCCUACACCGCCAAGAUGGCAGCUGCCAAUGGCAACAAGAAGUCAGAAAGGCAGAAGUUCUCCCCUUACUAAAGCCAGGGACGGAGCCUGGAGCCGGGAGCCAGGGAGUGACACCGCAGGGCGGGAAACAGCUCCGACUCCUGCUCCUGGGG